AUGAUAAAGAUUAAAUUUGCAUUUUUAACUUGGGUCUUGUUAACCCUCGCCUCCGUUGCCACCUCGCAUAAUUCACCUGGCCAUCGACGAAACUUUGGCCCUAAGCUUUACCAUCGCAAAUAUGAAGCACCUUCAAUAAUUAAUAACGGAGCUCUAUCAGACUUUAGCACCGCCGAUCCCAAAGAAAUUGCGAUAAAUUUUGUUUUAACGAAAUUACAUCCCACAUCUGACUUCGUUAUCAAAAAUUGUUACGAAUCAGAACAUAACGGUGUCACUCACGUUUACUUUAAACAGGUCAUCAAUGGUUUGUUCGUGUCUAAUGGUGAUUUAAAUGUUAAUGUUGACCAGUUUGGCAGAGUCAUAUCAUAUGGUGACUCGUUCGCAGUUCCAAAAACAACCAUCCAUGAACAAAAAUCGCGUCCUAGUUUUGAUAACGCCAUCGACGGUUCUCAACAUCUACUCGGUACUUCAAUGCCUGUUGAUCACGUGCAUAAUGUAGAGUCACGCCCAAUGUAUUAUCAUAUUAAAGGUGACGUCGGGGACAUCAUCCCUCCUAAAAGAGCAUUAGAAUAUUUUACACGAUUCAUCGGUGAAGAAAUAGCGCAUAUGGAGAAUAUAGAAUAUAUCGAAAAUGACAAUGUCAUUUCAUUUUCGAACGUACCAUUUGCACUUUCCGAUGUGAAAAUGAGUCAGUCCUAUAUUCAAACGGAUGAUAGAUCUCUACGAAGAGUUUGGGAUAUUCAAGUUGAGAUGGAAGAUAAUUUGUAUAAUGCUCAUUUAGAUGCAUAUACCGGAAAAGUUAUUUCUCUUAUCGAUUGGGUAUCCGAUGCUGCAUACAACGUAUUUCCUUUCGGUACCAAUGACCCGUCGGACGGCGAUAGGGAAUUAAUCGAAGAUCCUCAUGAUGUUAUAGCUUCUCCUGAUGGUUGGCAUACUCAGGGUGAAGAGAAUUUUACAAAUACCAUUGGUAAUAACGUUUACGCUCAGGAAAAUAUAGGAGGGACCCCUGAAUGGAAAAACAAUAAUCGCCCUAAUAGUGACGAAUCAUUGGUCUUUAAUUUCUCAUUGAACAUGUCUCAACCCCCCAAAACUUAUCUCAAUUCCUCUGUCACCAAUUUAUUUUAUUGGACUAACAUGAUUCAUGAUCUAUUCUAUCGGUAUGGGUUUAACGAAGUGGCUGGAAACUUUCAGCAGACAAAUCGUGGUAAAGGCGGAAAAGAUAAAGAUGCUGUAAUUGCUAACGCACAGGAUGGUUCGGGACUUAAUAAUGCUAAUUUUGCGACGCCUCCCGAUGGUCAACACGGUAAAAUGCGUAUGUACGUAUGGAAUGUUACCAAUCCUUGGCGUGAUGGAGAUUUGGAAUCUGGUAUUAUUAUCCAUGAAUAUGCCCAUGGUAUUUCUACAAGAUUAACUGGCGGACCAGAAAACAGUAAUUGCCUUGGAUGGGACGAGGCUGGUGGAAUGGGCGAAGGUUGGGGAGAUUUCUUUGCCACUAUACAACGUAUGAAUUCAACAUUUAACCGCACAAAGGAUUUUAGCAUGGGAGAGUGGGCAAACGGUGUUGGGAUAAGAAAAUAUUUGUAUUCAACUUCUCUGGAGGUCAAUCCCUCAACCUAUUCGUACUUGAACAAGCCGGGUUACUGGGGUGUUCAUGCUAUAGGAGAAGUCUGGGCUGAGAUAUUAUAUGAAGUGUAUUGGAAUCUCGUGGAUAAACAUGGAUUCACCCCGAACUGGUUUCCACCGACCGACAAUCACCCAGCUUCCUUGGCCAAAUGGUACUCGCAUAAACUUUCCCCCGGGAAACUUAAAAGACCAAAACAUGGCAACACCCUCAUUCUGCAAUUUGUGGUGGAUGGAAUGAAGUUGCAACCAUGCAGACCAACGUUCAUUAAUGCCAGGGAUGCGAUCCUACAAGCGGAUGAAAUAUUAACGAGCGGUGAUAAUUUCUGUGAAAUUUGGAGAGGAUUUGCCAAGAGAGGGCUUGCCUAA